AUGGCUGAUCCUGGAUUCAUCUCUGGAAUGAUUGGUUUCGCCAUUCAAUUGGCUGCAAGUCGGGUUACUCGAGACAUCAACGUUGCCAUCAGACGCAGGAAAGAGUUGGACACCCUCAAAGUCCUGCUGCUCAAAAUUCAAUCAAUGAACAUGGAAAUGCAACAAUAUAGAAAAGCCUUAAACUCUGGCAGAUUGACUACAUCCCCUCACCACACGUUGCCCUCCACGGUCAACAGCUGGUUGGAGGAAUUGAAUGCUCUUCUGGAGGAAGCAUCUGAUUUGGCCCAGCACUGCACUGUACCCUCAUAUUCUCAUCUCUUUUCUCGCUAUAGAACAAGCAAAAAGAUCAGGCGACUCAUUGAGAAUGUGGAAAAGCAUGUAGCCUCCACGCCUUCCGUUGCCUUUUUGCACCAAAUGCAGCAGCAGGUGACAAAUCAACAAGUGCUUGAGCAAAUUAAAGAGAAGGUGGGUUCUCUUAAUCUGCGUACCUCAGCAUUUGCCUGUACAUCUGGAGAUCCCAUUCCAUCCACUUCUUCAGCCAGUCCUAACAAGAAGUAUUUUGAGGAGGCACCUAUUGUCGGACAAGAUUCUGCAUCAAACAGACUUGUGGAGCUGAUUCAUUCACAGCAGCACAAAAACGUUUCUCGUUUCGGCCUUGCUGGGAAAGGCGGGGCCGGUAAGACUCUACUACUUAAACGAGUCUUCAACAGUGACCAGGUACAGAGUCUCUUUUGCACUGACUUGAUGGUUUGGCUUACUAUUUCACAAAAUCCAUCUUUCAGUACCCUUAGAAAUGAUCUUGUGAAACAAAUAGCUCUUAAAGUAAAUGAAAUAUUGGACAGUAGAGAUGAAGACCGUGUGAAAACUUGGCUGAAUGAAACCAUGAGAAAACACAAGUUUGCCCUGUUUUUAGACGAUGUUUGGGAAACAAGUGCAACAUCCUUGUUAGAGGAGUUGUGUGUUCCUCACUCUCCACUCCACAACUCCAACAUCAUCAUUGCCACUUCCAGAAGUAAUAGUGUGCUCUCACAGUUGGGUGUUCCACGUCCAUCAAUCAUCCGAAUGCAAGACUUGAGUGAGGAUGACAGCUGGAGAUUGUUUUCUUCCCAUGCUUUUUUACACAGCGAGGGAGUUUUGCCUAUGAGCAUCGACCAAGAAAUAGCGAGGCGUGUAUGCAACGAGUGCGGGGGUCUUCCCUUGGCCCUUAAAGUAGUCGGGCAGGUAAUGGCGGGAAUCACACAGUCAAAUGAAUGGGAAUUGGCAGUCAAGAGAUUGCAGAAUGAUGUUACAAACUCGCUAUAUGGAAAGUUGAGACUAAGUUACGUUGCUUUGGCCGAUCUGGCUGGCUAUGGCAUUUCCUUGCAGUUGUGCUUUCUCUGCCUUGCUGCUUACCCUGAAGACAGUAUCAUAUCUUCUACAUAUGCUACUGCCUACUGGAUUGGAGAAGGGUUGGUAGCUGGUCCGGAUCCUUUCAAAAUUGGAGAGAUGUACAUCAACUUGUUAGCUGACCGAUGCCUUAUUGAACCGGUGAAGAAGAAUUAUGAGGGAAGAGUGCUCUGUUUCAGGGUGCAUGAUGUUUUGCGCGAUUUGGCACAGCAAUUCGCUGCGAAGGAAGAAAAGUGCUUCUUUCAGGCAGGCAGAGGUUUACGACAGUUUCCAGUGGACGUCUCUUCAGGAUACAUCAGAAUUUCAUUAAUAGACAACAGUUUGACUAGUGUUCCAAGGACAUUCAGAGCUUCGCAUAUCCGCUCCUUGCUACUGGCUGGUAAUACUUCUUUGGCGGAAAUUUCAAAAGAGGUAAUUGGAAAUAUGACCUCUCUCAGAGUCCUGGAUUUGUCAAGGACUGCCCUCCUGUCGUUGCCAAAAAACAUAGGAAUUUUGAAACAUUUAGUUUGCCUCAAGUUACCCUAUGUGCCAAUCAAGAGACUGCCCAACUCUGUCGCUGCUCUAAGAAGCCUUCAAAUAUUAGAUCUUCAAGGAUCUGAUAUUGCACAACUCCCAGCUGGCAUUUCUAAGUUGACUUCCCUAAAACUUUUAGACGUUGCUUUCUGUGAGCAUCUGCAGUGCAUGCCUUAUGGAAUUGCAGACCUCACGUCUUUGGAGUACCUGAAUGCAAGUAAUUCUCCAAAUAUAGGGUGGAAUAAGUGCUGA